AUGAGGCUUUCUACGACCGCAGCUGCUCUCGCGGCCCUUGGCGGACUCUGCGCUCAGGCGCAGAACGUGACGGAGUGGCCUCUGCACGACAAUGGCCUGAACAAGGUGGUCCAAUGGGACCAUUACAGCUACAUGAUCAACGGCGAGCGCCUGUUCAUCUUCUCCGGAGACCCCGAGCUAUGGAGAGAUUUGCUCGAGAAGAUGAAGGCAGCAGGCUUCAACGCCUUCUCGAUCUACAACAGCUGGGGCUAUCACGAGGCAUCUCCCGGAGUGCUUGACUUCACCAGCGGUGCUCACGACUUUGUGUCCCUCAUGACGAUCGCGAAAGAGGUCGGCAUAUACCUCUUGAUCCGCCCCGGACCCUACGUCAACGCCGAGACCAACGCCGGCGGCUUCCCCCUGUGGCUCACCACCGGCGAGUACGGCAGCCUCCGCGACGAUGAUCCGAGGUACACCAAGGCUUGGACACCCUACUGGGAGGAGAUCUCGAAGAUCAUUGCCCCUCACCUCGUGACGAACGGUGGAAAUGUCGCCAUGUUCCAGAUCGAGAACGAACUCAAUGGCCAGUGGAAGGACAUUGGCAGGAAGAUCCUCAACCCGCCCAUCGCCAACUACAUGCAGCUUUUGCAAGACAGUGCCAGGGACUCGGGCAUUGAUGUGCCCGUCUUCCACAACGCUCCCAACAUGAGGGGCUACUCUUGGUCGAAGGACUUCUCCAAUGCUACUGGUAACGUCGAUACUGUUGGCGUUGACAGCUAUCCGUCUUGCUGGAGCUGCAACCUGUCCGAGUGCACGAACUUCAACGGCGAAUACGUCCCCUACAGCGUGGUCAACUACUAUGACUACUUCCAGGCCCAAUCUCCAUCGCAACCAAACUUCAUGCCGGAGUUCCAGGGAGGCAGCUACAAUGUUUGGGGUGGCCCUGAAGGCGGAUGCCCUGCCGACACUGGAGCGGAUUUCGCCAACAUCUUUUACCGCAACCUCGUGUACCAACACGUCACUGCCAUUUCGCUCUACAUGAUGUUUGGAGGAACAAACCACGGAUGGCUUUCCUGCCCCGUUGUUGCCACUAGUUACGACUAUUCGUCUCCCGUAUCAGAGAACCGUAAGAUUGGCGACAAGUACUACGAGACUAAGCUUCUUCCCCUCUUCACCCGAGUGGCCAAGGACUUGUACAAGACAGAGAGGGUGGGCAACAAGGAGGUGCUCGUCUUGUGGCUCCCUGAGGGCGAGUCUGGCGAGUUUGUCGUCAACGGUGUGACGGACGCCCAGUCUGGAGAGCAGAGCCUUGGCAAGAUUGACUUCUACCCCGGCGAAGACAACAUCACCGUGUCCUACACCCAAGAGAAGGGCAUCUUCACUGUCGACCUUGAGGAUGGUUCCUCAGUCGUUCUUCUCGACCGCAAGGCCGCCUAUCACUUCUGGGCCCCUCAGCUGGACAACAACCCAUUCUUCGUCGAGAACAAGACUGUUCUGGUCCAGGGCCCCUACCUGGUCCGUCACGCCUCCAUCAACGAGACGAACCGUGGUCUUGACUUGCGUGGUGAUUUGGACGGCCCCACGACCGUUACCGUCUUCGCCCCUUCUUCGCUGUGUUCCAUCUCCUGGAACGGGGAGAAGGUAGCCAUUGAAUCGCGCAACGGAAAUGAAUUCACCUUCAGCCUUGAUGGACCAGCCAAGUUUGAACUGCCGGUCCUUGGAUCGUGGAAGUACGAUGACAGUUUGCCAGAGAUUGCGCCCGACUACGAGGCGUCGCCAUCGACCUGGAUUGUCGCCGACCGAAACGAGACCAGCAACACUGAGAUUCCUGAUCUCUCGAACCCAGUCCUCUACGUUGACGAGUACAAAGUCCACGUCGGCAACCACCUGUUCCGCGCCACCUUCCCCUCGACCGAUGAGCCUCCUACCGGCGUAUUCCUUAACCUGACUGGUGGUCUUGCCUUCGGUUAUUCUGCCUGGCUCAACGGUGACUACAUCGGCUCGUACCUUGGAUACUCUUACCUCGGUGCCUGGGCUGAGGAGCUCUCCUUCGACAACGCCACCCUGGCGACCGAAGGCGAGAACGUGCUUACGGUCCUCAUGGACAACUCUGGUCACGAUCUGCGUGAGGCAGCUCUGGCGCCCCGUGGUAUCUCCAACGCCACUCUUAUCGGUCCCAGCAGCGAGGCAUACCGCUUCUCCGAGUGGAAGAUUGCGGGCACGGCAGGUGGCGGCCAGGGCAACAUCGACCCCGUCCGUGGCCCUCUCAAUGAGGGAGGCCUGUACGCCGAACGCAUCGGCGUGCACCUGCCCGGUUUCUCGGACGAGUCCUUCACGUCCUACCCCUCUAACGCCACGACUCUCGACGUGCCCGGCGCUGGAGUUCGCGUGUACCGCACUACGGUCGAUCUCGACGUCCCCGCCGGCCUCGACGUUGCCAUCUCCUUUAGGCUGACGGCGCCCUCGAACUCGACCUUCCAGCCCACCAAGUCUGGCUACAGCAACCGCGUCAGGGCUCUGCUGUUCGUCAACGGCUACCAGUUCGGCAGAUUCAACCCCCAUAUCGGCAACCAGGUCCACUUCCCUGUCCCCCCUGGCAUCUGGGACUACCACGGCGAGAACGCCGUCGCCGUCACUCUGUGGAGCCAGGAUGCCAACGGUUCUGAAAUCAAGGUAGAGCUUGAGCUGGACUACGUCCAUACUACGAGCUUCGAUCUCGGCUUCGAUGGCGAGUACCUGCGUCCUGGAUGGGACGAGAAGAGACUAGAGUAUGUGUGA